UGUUAUUACGAAUGGUGGUCGCCUUUUAAGUGGUACUCCACGUGCCACUUGCUGUCUAUGAUGAAACUAACAGCGAACGAGUGUUAUCGAUUGAUACUCCUCAUAUAUUCGACACACCAUCCAACACUGUAAUUCAGUCGCCCUUAGCAACUACUGUGGCAUAAGCUGGCAGUUUGAAUAUUAGUUCAAAAACAAGUUAUUUGAAUUGAGUGUAGUUUGUAGUGGCUAGUGUUGGAAUUCUUGGUUGUAUUUUAGAUCGUGUUUCUUCUGGCUUGGUGAUCUAGUCUUGUCUAAGUUUAGGUCAUUUACAGUUUUUAAGUAUAUUCUUGAGUUAUGGUGUUGAAUUUAUCUCUUUCUGGAGAUGGACCCCCUGCAUUUUCGCCUGUGGAUGAUUCAGGGAAUAUUUCUGACAUUCAAGGAAACAUGAACAGCAUAACUUCUGCUGGCGCAGCUGUACCAGUGUUAAGAAUGGUGGUUACAAACCCCCCUGUCAGCAGGCGUGCCUCAACAAGCCAGUCGGUCCCACCAUUGGAUUUAUCACAAGUGGACAAGGCCACUCCUACCACUACGAAGGAUGAAAUACGGCCAGGCCCACUACCAAUGUCCGCAGUUACCUUGAAAGAUAAACCUCUAACAUCAACACCAAUAGCUCAUUUAUCCAGAAAACCACAGUCUGAGCAUGGAAAACCAAAGUCAACCUCCAGAAGUUCCAGAAAAUUUCUUUUCAGCAAACCUAUUCAUGAAAGCAACCAUUCUUCAGUGCUGCAAAGGUCAAUACCUAAAAACCACAACCCACAUCCAGCCUUACACGGCCAACGGUCGGAAGAUGACUUCACUGACACCACAGUGCAAAGGUUUUCCAGCAGUUACGAUGACUUUGAAGAGAUUCCUCCCCGAAAACUUGAGUUUCGACAAGUUCCACCAAGACUUGAGAGGAACACUUCUUCUUCCACUUCUUCAUCUGGCUCUCUCCUCGAGAAGACACUUCGAUCUAGUCCUUACAAUCAAGUCUUAAAAGUGAACCAACCUAUGGACUCCAAGAAGAAAGCAGCAAUGAAGCCAGCAAACCAGACAAAACAGAAGCAAAGAAGCAAUGAUGGAGAUUCGCGCAGAAGAGUAAAGUCUAUUCCUUCCUACAACAAACAACACACAGUACCUAAAGUUGCUCAAGCACAAAGAGCAAGGAUCUACAGCUCUUCUGAAUGCAAGCCAAAAAACUCAAAAACUGACAAGUUGAGAUCUUUUAUUUUAUUGGACGAUUCAAAUUCGUCUUUAUUUGAAGCCAACCAAUCGUACGCCAGAGGGGUCCAGUCUGCGUUUCUUCAACAGCGGCGGUUUGCCGAUGAAGACAGUGACAUAAGAAGCAGUGCAACUUCAAAUACAUCCAAUGUGCUAAGCGGGGGUUUGAUCUCUCACCCCUCAGCUCACCAUAAAGUUUCUCUUUGUCAGUUUUCAGAAGAUGUAGAGGUUAUUGAGGGCCACCGUAUCCCAAACUACCCCGGAGGUGCUUACUACGACACAGAUAGCAGCUUCCCACACACAAGUAUGGCAACAGCGAGAAACGGAAUGCGCUCCACGUUUCCACCUAGCAGUCGAAAUAUGUUCAAUAAAUCGCAGCCAGACCAUAGAUCUGUUAAACAAAAGCACCGGCCAAUGACGUUCGGCACGGCCCCAAGAACCGACUACUCCCACACCACCCACCCCGAUAACUCACCCAUGAAACCCAAGGUAGUCACCGUGGUACGAGCCGGCCAGAUCCGUCCUCACAAGAAGAUAACCAUUCUUCUUAACAGGAGAGCUGUUCAAACAUAUGAACAACUUGUCUCUGAUAUUUCUGAAGCUCUUGGCCAGCCUAAGUGGAAAAAUGAUCACAUUAGACGGUUAUACACUUUAAAAGGCAGGGAAAUACGUUCCGUGUCCGAUUUCUUCAGGGAAGAUGAUGUUUUUAUCGCUGUCGGACGUGAACAACUGACUACCAUGGAUGUACAGGAAGUUCUGCAAGAGUUAUACCCGGAUUCACCAUAUGCUGAAAGCCUUAUUAGGCAGAACCUGCAAAAAGCAUAUCGUCAGCAAAAACAGGGGCGUAGGGGGUUUCCUGAGCAAGGCAAGGGGUCAAAAUCAGACUCCGGUCUUGGGGAUUCAACGGAGGGUGACAGAAGGUUCCAGAACGAUGGUGGAUAUAGAGGACCUGGGGCUGGCAGGGGAAGGGCUGCUCAUAUUGUCUCUGAAAGGAGACGGUUUCAGGAAGAGGAGAGGAUUAGAGCGAAAAAAUGGGAGCGGGGAAGAUGGGAGAGGGAGCAGGAGGAGCUGGAUGAGGAGUUACGGCGUCGCCAUGGUAACCGAGAUCCUGUAGAUGACGAAGCCUCUGCGAGGGAACGAGAGAGAAAAAAAAAAGAGAGGAUUCAGUGGGAAGCUGAGGAGCGUGAGAGGCAGAGGAGGAAGCAAGUUGAAGAUGAAGAAAGAAGGAGAAGAGAGACGGAUGAAAAACGAGAAAGAGAUCGAAUUAGGAGAGAAAGGGAGGCAGAAGAAAGAGAAAAAAUUAAACGCCUUGAACAAGAUUUGAAGAGAGAGAAACUGAAAGAGGAAGCGGAACGUAAACGGAGGCAUCGGGAAGAAGAGGAGAAACAAAGAAGGAGGAGAGAAGAAGAUGAAGAGAGAAGAAGGCGCGAAGAGCUUGAAAGAGAAAGGAAAAGGUUAGAGGAUGAGAAGAGACAAUGGGAGGAAGAGAAACGACGACAACGAGAAGAAGAAGAAAGGAGGAAAAAUGAGGAGAGGGCAAGACAAGAGCAGGAGAAACGGGAGAAGGCAAAGAGAGAAAGAGAAGAAGAGGAAAGGAGAAGAAAAGAGGAAGAACGACAUCAUCAUGACGAUUAUGACAAGAGUGAAAAAACUUCACCUACUCAUUAUGGACAGAAGAGUGAUGACACCGAUCGUAUAAGGAGGGUGCAAAAGUUUAAGGCACCAACUCGUACUAUUAUGGCACGAAGUAAUAUUGAAGCGAGAUAUGAGAUCGGCAAAACUAUCGGAGAUGGUAACUUCGCUGUGGUGAAGGAAUGCAGAUUGCGAAACACUGAAUCGGAAUUUGCGAUGAAAAUUAUCGACAAGUCGAAACUUAAAGGAAAAGAAGAUAUGAUAGAAAAUGAGAUUGCCAUCAUGAAGAACUGCCACCAUCCAAACAUAGUAAGGUUGAUUGAGGAAUUUGAAACUGAGAAUGAGAUCUAUCUAGUGUUGGAAUAUGUUAAAGGUGGUGAUUUAUUUGAUGCUAUCACUGAGAGCGUAAAGUUUACCGAGCGAGACGCAGCAAACAUGGUGGCCGACCUUUCCGAAGCUCUUGCUUUCCUUCACUCUAAGAACAUCAUUCAUAGAGAUCUUAAACCUGAGAAUUUAUUGGUUUCCCGCAACAAAGACGGCAGCAUGACUCUGAAACUUGCCGACUUUGGACUCGCAAUGGAAGUCACUGAACCUAUCUACACAGUGUGUGGAACCCCUACUUAUGUAGCACCAGAGAUCCUAGCUGAAACAGGUUAUGGGUUGGAGGUUGACAUGUGGGCUACUGGUGUCAUCACCUACAUCCUGCUCUGUGGAUUUCCUCCCUUUAGGAGUUUGGAGCGGGACCAAGAGGAACUUUUCGAGAUCAUCCAACUUGGGGACUAUGAGUUCCUUUCUCCUUACUGGGACAACAUAUCAGAAGCUGCAAAAGACCUGAUCCAGAGGCUUCUAGUGGUAGACACAAAACGUCGUUACACAGCAGAGCAAGUGCUUUCUCAUCCAUGGAUUCAAAGUGAAGGUACAUACAAAGGUCCAAACCUACAGCGUGAGAUCACCAUGAACUUGGAAAAGAAUUUUGGCGACCGUAACCGCCGAAAAGCCGGCUUUACCCAGCCAGCUGCCGUCCAUUAAAUGUUUAAUGAUACAAUAGUGCAUUCCACUUUAUAACACCCACCUGUUCUAUAGUUCUAUUUGUAACAGUGCCUUUUGUUUCAAUUUCCUGAGCUUUUCGUAAUAUUUUUUGUAUUUUCUUGUUUUUCCCUCCUCAUGACAUCAUAUGUUCCAAACCAUUGUGAUGAAACAAUGGGCCAAAGUCUUCAAUUACUUUUUGCUCACUGCUAGGUUACACACUUUUUGUUCACUGCUAAAGUUUUGCAAUUUCACUUCACGCCUGAGUAAUUUUCCAAUCAGCUGAUGGUGCUGCGUAAAAUGAGCAAUUUUUUAUCAACUUUUAAAUUCAUAUAUCUUAAUCACUUUUUUACGCAAUCCAGUUGCUAUGUCGAUCUGUUGUAUUUAUUAAGCAAUCGUGCCUUUGGUGCAUUUUGGUAUGAAGCAUAAUUUUGCACAAAGACUCGUUUUAGUUUUUUUCUUUUUAUUACACACGACCUAAUGUACCACAAGUGCCCCGUAGUGUAAUUAUGUAGAGAACCUUUUAUUUUUGACAUAAAUUGUUGAAAUAAAUUAAGUCUAUUGGCAACCUUAA